GCGAAUGCGGUACAGAAAACAAGGACCGUAGGGAGGGCAGACGGUACGUUUAGAUUUUGAAAUUAGAAGAUUCGCAAGCCGAAGACGAAAAAAUACGUUUUGCUCCACUGUAUGUGAGCGUCAGCUUUCGGCGAAGGAGACAAGAGCGAUAUAAUAUGAUGAAGUGAAGGUCUGCUAUACUGGAUGUCCUUGAACUGUUUACAAGCCUUGUUCCUGGAGUCAAAUUUUGGGGGAAGCUUGCACGUGUGCAAGAAGAAAACCCCCAGGUGGAGGACCCCCCAGUGAGCCAGAGCCAGUGUAGGAUCAGUGACCUCCUGCCAGGGGAGAGAGCAACAGCUGCCCAGCCUUCACCAGACCUCCAUAGCCACCAUGGUGCUGUCACAAAGACAACGAGAUGAACUAAAUCGAGCGAUAGCUGAUUACCUUCGUUCCAAUGGUUACGAAGAGGCAUAUUCAGUUUUCAAGAAGGAAGCAGAAUUAGAUAUGAAUGAGGAGCUGGAUAAGAAGUAUGCUGGCCUUUUGGAAAAGAAAUGGACUUCAGUCAUCAGAUUACAGAAGAAGGUGAUGGAACUGGAGUCAAAGCUGAAUGAGGCUAAAGAGGAAAUCACUUCAGGAGGACCCGUUGGUCAGAAACGAGACCCCAAAGAAUGGAUUCCACGACCCCCUGAAAAGUAUGCCUUGAGUGGUCAUAGGAGCCCUGUCACUCGUGUCAUAUUUCACCCUGUCUUCAGUCUUAUGGUCUCUGCCUCUGAGGACGCAACAAUAAAGGUGUGGGACUAUGAGACGGGGGACUUUGAACGCACGUUGAAGGGCCACACAGACUCUGUUCAGGACAUCUCCUUUGACCAGACUGGGAAGCUGCUGGCCUCCUGUUCUGCUGACAUGACCAUCAAGCUGUGGGACUUCCAAGGCUUUGAGUGCAUCAGAACCAUGCAUGGACAUGACCACAAUGUUUCUUCUGUAGCCAUCAUGCCUAAUGGAGACCAUAUAGUAUCUGCUUCAAGGGAUAAGACCAUUAAAAUGUGGGAGGUUGCAACUGGGUACUGCGUGAAGACCUUCACUGGCCACCGGGAGUGGGUGCGCAUGGUUCGUCCAAACCAGGAUGGAACACUGAUCGCUAGUUGCUCUAAUGAUCAGACAGUGCGUGUAUGGGUGGCAGCCACCAAGGAGUGCAAGGCAGAGCUGCGGGAACAUGAGCACGUGGUGGAGUGCAUCUCUUGGGCACCAGAGAGUGCUUAUUCCACUAUCCUGGAGGCCACAGGUUCAGAGACUAAGAAGAGUGGCAAGCCUGGCCCCUUCCUGUUGUCGGGAUCCCGGGAUAAAACCAUCAAGAUGUGGGAUGUCAGCACUGGCAUGUGCCUUAUGACACUGGUUGGCCAUGAUAACUGGGUGCGAGGUAUGAUGGUACAUCCUGGAGGGAAGUUCAUAGUGAGCUGUGCAGAUGACAAGACCCUGCGGAUCUGGGACUACAAGAACAAGCGCUGCAUGAAGACAUUGAGUGCUCAUGAACAUUUUGUUACCUCUCUGGAUUUCCACAAGACUGCUCCUUAUGUUGUCACUGGGAGCGUAGAUCAAACAGUAAAAGUCUGGGAGUGCCGCUGAUUUCACCUGCAGGAGACAUGCCCUACCCCACCACCACACCUUACCCCACCCUUUUCCGUCUUUUCUUCUGGAUGCACUCAGUUACCAUGGUUAUUCCCCAUUGAGCUGUUUAAAUAACUAUUGUCCUUUUAUGUAAAUUAUUCUGGAUGUAGAUUGAGCUAUUAAAUGUUACACAAAAAGUAUUCUUGCAUGGUGAAUCCAAAAUUGUAUACUGUAAAUUUGCAUAACGUUGUUUAGAAGUACCAUAGGUUUAACACAGGCUGGGAGUUUUCACCCAGCCUAACCUACUGAAGGCAGAUGUUUUGAGUAAAAGUAGGGCACUAAACUGAUAAUUUAAUGACAGUGUCGUUCUUACUUGUCAGAUAAUUAUGUCUGUCUAUUUUUUUAUUUAGGGUUUUGCUUAAUUUUUUUCCACUGUCGUAGUCUUGGUGCCUAGCUUGGUGACCUUUUGAGGGUAAUAAGAGAGCAGAGAGACUGUAAUCCCUUGGUGCAGAUUUGACUGUCUGUGGGGCUCGUAUUUGGAAUAAUCUGUAGCUGUGUAACAUCGCCUCUGAAGUGUGCUUACCAUUCUCUUAUUGUAAAACUAGAUGAUAUAUUACUGGCUGCAUCUAAGAACAUGUUUUGAAAUUGUUGUUGUUAGACUGUUGAGUGGAAAUAAGGGCUUGGUACUCUUGUCAUGGUACGUCAUUGAGGAAAGCCUAUGCUUGAAUUGGAACAUAAAGAUCUUCAGUAGCUCCAUUUACCUGAGUAAGUGGCCCAGCGUACAUCAGCUCAACCUUGCUCAGGGGGUGUCUUAUGGUUGCUAGAGCAACAGCGCUGCAGGCUGUUUGGCUGGAAGAUGUGAUCAUUGAUGUCCCUGUUGACAUAGCCAUGCUCUGAGCCUACAGAAACCGCCAGAACUCAGUCUCAUAGGAGCAGGAUGGAUCUUGAACAUCAAACAUACCGCACCUUUGAACCUGCAGCAUUUACAAGUUGGACCUUAGGCAGCUUCUUUUGUAGAGUCCCCCCACCCCUACCUUUUUUGUAGUUUUUUUUUUUUUUUU